AUGGCGACUGCUCACGAGUCUGAAGAGGAAUCUCUCUCUGACGGUGAGUCUUACGUCAGCAAUGAGUCAGACAGCGAGUCAGACGGAUCAGACGGGGAAAACGAUUCUCAGUCUCCUGUGAGAGAGCCCUGCAGGUAUUACAACAAAGGAGGCUGCCGGGACGGCGCCAGGUGCUCGUACCUGCACGUCUGCAGGUACGCACUGACAGGAAACUGUCGCUACGGGACUGAAUUCCCGCAGCUGACGGAUGGUCGAUACCACCAGUGGCAGCUGAACGACGGACGUGGCUGGAAGAGUAUUGAUAACGAUCACAUCAUCGAGGCCCAGUACUGCCUGCCCCACAGCAAAAGCAUUAAAAUCUACAACACACCAUACGGGGCGGUCAGUAUCGAUUUCAACAGGAUGAAGGUGUAUGGGAAAGAUCUAAAGGUGAGGCGGCUGGACGAUGGGAACACCGUGUGGCUCUGGUACUGCACCCUGCGACGGAAGUGGCACAAGUACGGAGAAAAGGACUCCAGGGGCAACACCAAUCCUGUGAAGUGCUCCGACAUAGAAAGGAAGUUCCAGAGUAACCCGAAGAGCUCCUUCACGUUCAACAUCGGUUCUGAGACCUUAGAGAUAAAGUUCAGAGAAAUGAGGCAGGUGGGACAAAACAGGAAGAGGAAAGUCACUCGACGGCCAUCUUACCGACCGCAGCAGGCAGCGGCAGGGUCGGGCUGGCCUGCAUGCAUUUUUACUGCCAUUACCGCCACAUCCUCUGUGAACCGUCUGUAUCAUCACUGUGCUGCAUUAUUAUUAACAAUAGUUUCUCAGGUGGCCGCAGCUCUCAGCAAUGUUUCUCUGGGCACCAAACCAAAGUGGCAGUUCGAGGGAAACAGCAGUGCGUGGCACGACUACAGGCCCAGGACCGAAUGCUCAGUGACCAGCGAGGACAUCGAGAGGAAGUACCAGCAAAACCCCAACGGCAGCAUGGUCUUCAAAGUCAAUGGACACUCCUACAAGCUGGACUUUGGAGAGAUGAAACAGAUCAACCUCAAGACCCAGCGCUCACGCAAAAUCCAGCGUGUGCUGGUGUGAGCAUCAGUGACCUCAGGACAAAAGACGGCGAAGCACGUGUGCAAUACUGUCGCUCAGACAAUCACUUUAAUCUGAGAAUCAUUUAUUUUGGGUGUUUGGUAGUGAUGGCUCGGUCGCGAACGAAUCAGUUCGAUGGAACGACUCUUUGACGCGAACUAACUGACCUGAUUCCCUGUUUCACUUCUGUCUCGUUUGUUCGUUCGUUCUAACAGACCAGUCGCUGUGUUGUUCACUGUUAACUUAUCAGAGUGGUGAGGAGGACUGAGAGCCAGCCAAUCGUAUGCUGAGUCUAGGACACUGUAGUCAAAUUUUAGCCAAUGAGAAACAGGAAAGCAUAGCAACCAUUUCCAUGAAAAAAAAAUAAUAAUAAAAUAAUUUGUUCUGAGCUCAUCGUUCCUGUUCGUUCACUGAGUCCUCUCCAGUCGUUCUCGUUCAGUCAGUCACUUGUUCUUGGCUGGUCGGCUUUAGCCGUUAGCUGCUAAUUGUCGUGUAGUCUAAGUACACAGUCAUGAGGUUGCAGCUAUGUAUUUGCCUUGAACUACAGUGUUGACCGCUAACACGAGGAGCUGAGAACUGUGUGUUACAUGAUUCACCACUGAACGACGUUGUAAACGGAAGUGUAAUAAAGUAUAAUCUUAUUUAUUUAUGUAAUCACACGGAGACACAUCUGGAUUGCAAUAACUUCUGUGUUUACUUCCUGUUUCUUCCUCUAUGACCCUCCCAUCAGGUUAACAACAACACAAUGCUGGUAACAUACUCCACCUAGUGGUAGGAGUCAUAUAUGCACAUACAUCACAGGAAGCGCGACUGAACGAACGAACAAACAAACUACAUGAACGAGUCAUUCUGCCAAACUGACCAACGGGAACUGAAUCUCGACAUCAAACAAUGAAAUCCACCUCUAGUGUUUGGUGGAUUCAUGGGAUGCAUAAAAACGUGUUUACAAUAAAUUGAGGGUAGGAUUAAAUUAUACUGAAGGGUUAUGGUUAGGUUUGUGUGUGUUUUUUUACUUGGUUGCCAAACAGCGAAUUGAUUGAAAACUCAAAGCUGCCUUAUUGACCUGCACUCAGAGUUUGUACUGUACCAACCUGCCUUUGCAAAAAACUAUGGUUUGACCCAUACUUGUAUCACUUACUCACCCACUGCCUUUGCAUUAAUUUUUUGUUUUCAAAGUAAACGUUACAAUAAACCUUCCAGAAACAUGCCACCUAUGCACCUUACCUUUGAGGUGUUGUAUGACUCAGUCGCUGUGUGACAACAUUAUGGAAUAAAAAGCCACAUGGUUGUCGCCUCUUCUGGUUCAGUUCAUAUGAUUUUUUUUUUCACUACAGAUGAAAACUGAAGUUGAGUCUUGGACCUUUUUAAGUUUUUAUUCUGCUUCAUACGGAUGUAUCCUCCUCUGUACUGAUGGAUUUAUGUGAUCUGUGUGGAAGGAAGUCCAUUUCUACCAGCUGAAGAAAAAAAUUGAUAAAAAUUUGCCUCAAUAAAAAAAUAUUAUCCCAUGUUGAUUAACUAUGA